CCGCCGUGACCCGACCGAUGAAGUGAAAGACGGUCUCUCACCGCCCUGUGUGGCUGGCAGUAUUUCAGUAGAAGUAAAAUCUUCCGCUACUUCUCCACAAUCUCUUCGCCACGCCUUCAUUCACCACUCUUCUCAGAGCGUCUCCCCCGUUACUCAGCCAAACUCCAUAUCGUCUCGACAGCCAUAGUAUUUGGAAUAUCGACAGUCGACUGAGCUCAUUCAUCCCCACUGCGCGCUAUCUAUUUUCUUCGUUUACCAUAAGCAUUGCAUUCCAAAUACCUUCUCUAGACCUUGGACCACGACCAGACAACAGCAAUGAAAGUCGUUGAAAAGAACAGCGAUCGCAGAGCUGAGGUGAACAUCUAUGCUGCCGGUUUUGCGAAGCCUCUCGAUGAGUAUGGCGAGUAUAUCGACCCAACCGACAACGCAGUCUGCUGCUUCGUGCCUGUCGCUGAGGGCGAUAAGAUAAGGGUAUCAGGCAAAUUCCAUGGGACCACCGACAGGAUUCACAGUGACAUCUAUAUCGAUGGCGUUUACCGCAAGGCUGUCACUUUCAAUGGAAAGACCGUUACUUUCCAAAAGAGCAGGGACUUGGGGUCUCACACGUACCUAUUCAAGCUGCCCGACGAUACGCUGGUUGACUCCGAGGUUAUGGUCGAACGUGUUAACAUCAACGCUGAGGAAAAAUCUUCUUUGAGCAUAGGUACCAUUGAGAUUCGCGUUUGGGUACUUCGCCGCGCUGGAGAUGAGACAAAGUUCAGUCCGCCCCGCACUUUCGACACCUGUGAAGGUACUGGACGCACCACGUUGCCCGUGGGGUAUAAGACCAUCCGCCCAGAGCUUGCAAUGAGCUUCGACGAAAACAACUCCCCGUUGCUCUCUCAUUUGGUGAGCAGGCAGCGAAAGUUGCUUAGUGCGAGCCGCCCUGGGACCGAACCGUGGGCUAUCUUCCGGUUUCACUACCGCAGUCAAGACCAAAUUGAAGAGGCGGGGAUGAAACGUACCUUUGCCCAUAGCAUGAAGAAGAAGCCGCCACCCGUUACUCUCAAGAUCCAAGAGCUUCCGCCCCUUGAUGUCAAACCAAAAGUCGGUCAACCAGGUGGCAAUGGAGGAACCCCCAGUCGCCAGUCCUCCGUGGCGCCUUCGGUAACUGGGUCUUUGGCGGAGACUACACUCAAUGCAUCGCCCUCCCCUACAACCAACACUACAGCAAGUUUGACAUCCAUGGCAAAAUCGAGUUCCCACACCUCCGGCCAUGACGCCUGUGAGCAAUCGACCUGCGACAACGCCGACGCCAUGACAGACAUUGAGGCCUAUGCAGACGUUGACACUACCGGAACGGUUCCGAAGCCAACGCCUCUCACGAUCACCACUUCUCUCAUCCCUUACGUGGAGGCGAAGAAACAUGUUGGGCGUCUCAGUCCCGCAAAGGCGCAGAUCCCGGCAGAUAGCGAUACAACCACUACAACUCUCGGCAACAAGCUCUUCAAGAAGGACGAAGUGAAGAAACCAGAAACCGCCACUAAUAAGGUGGAUGACAACACGAUUUCCGAUACGAGCGCAGCGAGGACCUUCAAGAUCGCCACGAAUGGCCUAGGUGACAAGGGCGAGAGGAAUGAAGAGGACAAGCCAUCAGUCAAUAACGAGAAGGGACCUGCGCCCACGGAGACCCUUAGGCAUACUACUACAGGCCCGAUUGGACUCGUUGCCGGCUCCAAGAAGGAGUCCGUCGCUGUAACCGCACUCGAAGCAGCUCCUUUAGCCAACACUGUCGCCAACAUGGUUGCUAAGCAGGCAGGCAACCUCGUCAGAGACAACGCCACCGCCGGGCUUUCCCAUAAACAUCCGGCCCCCGCCAGUGGCGCUUCCGAUGCUAUAGUUGAGCCUCUUCCUCGUCAAGAGGGUCCCCCUACGCCGACCACGCCGGUCAAACGUUCCUUCGAGAUUUCCGGCAUGGAUCCCCCUCUAUCGCCGUCACUCAAGCGCGCUAAAGCCAGUGCGCCAGGUAGCCCCUCUGUUCAGUCACCCGGCUCUGAACACGCUUCCUUCUUUGAAAAGGUUCAAGAGUUUAACGAACUCAAGAAAAAACGAGAAGAGUUAGCCGUGAAGCGCAAGGAACUGGAAGCUAGGAAGACUCGAUGGGCCAAAAGGAGGGCCGAAAUUGAGAGGCGUACCGCUCAUAUGCGCGCUGAGUACGAGAGGGAGCUGCGGGAAUUUGAGGAAGCGCAGCUCGAGGCUCAAGAGAGUGAGGAGGCUGUAAGGGCUAUGGAAAGUAUGGAUUUCCUCUAUGAGGAGGAGUAGGGUUUAUUUUUCACGGGUUUGAAGGCCUCUUAAGGGGUGAUAGUGGAAGGGAAGGCGGAAACGGGUGCAUGGAAAUGGAGUGGAUCGGACGGUAGGCUUCAAUGUUCUAUAAGGACAGUUGGGUUUACGUCAGUUGCACACAGGGAUUUGGAGCCUGCUUGAUUCCUGGGUACUUGAUCUGGGGAUUACUGGAACUGCCUCUUGGGGAAUGGACUUGCGGAUAGGCGUUCGGUUUAUGUUCAGGCGGCUCGGCGUUGCGGUGUUCUUUACUACUUUCUCUUUCUGCUCGGCAGUUGGGUGGCUUCAGCCCGCGUACACCAACUGCAGAUCGUC